AUGAUCGACGAGCUCAUCCACUUUUGCAUUGAGCAGAUCGGUCUCGAUGGCGAUGCGGGAACCGACAUCAACCGCUUCGCCGACUUCAUCCGCCAAUACCACACGGAACACUCCUCGCGAUCUCAGCUACCCAAUCAGCUUGUCGACGAGUACUACCAGGCUUUCGUCUUUCGUCAGCUCCUGCGCCACCCAGAUGUCAGCGUCGGCCUCUUCAUCCCUGGUGUGCCCGUCAAAGGCGGCGCCAAGACCGGCAUCUUGAAGAGGAAGGCGUCGACUCUCGACAGUCCAGCACCGGGCACAAAAGUGGAAGCAGCCUCAGCACCCUCGCAAGAGUUUGACUGGGUCGACCUCUUGCCCGACCAAGUCCUCGCAGAGCAACAGGGCCUCGCUCAGCUCCAGCAACUCCACGCUGACCAUCUCCGACUUGUCCUGCAGCCAUCUGAGAUCAAGCGUUUGAUCGUCGGAGCCAAUGCGGAUGCACUGACAGCGACUGGCUACCGCGCUCUCCAGAUCAUUUGCCGCUCCAGGGAGACGCCCGUACUCAGCACCGAUAUCGGCGCCGCACUGCACACCGACCAAAAGACCGUCUUCUACAUCUGCAAACGCCUCAUCGACCUCCAUCUCAUCAUCAAGAUCAAAGCUCGUGAGACGGGCACAGUAGCAAGCUACUUUCUCGCCACGCAAUUCGAGGAUCAAUGCGACAUCCUCAUCCAGCAGAGAAAAGCGGACAAUGCAGCGGAUCUUCAGCAGUCCGGCUUGGCAGACCCGAGCACCAGCCAAGCUUCGGCGUCUGCCCUUCCGAAGUCCUCCAAUGACCAGACAGAGCUGAUGGAUGAAGAUGCCGAAGACGACCCCGACGAUCGUGCUGAUCUUGAUACCGAACGUUCAGCUCCUACUGUCUUCGUCAAGGCGGAAGAGUCACAAGACGUCUUCGAUACGGCUGCGCACACUGCCAGCUCUGCGCAAUCAAAUGCACCAGCUUUUGACUACGUCGAGCCCGCACAAGCCUUACUUUGGAUCAACAGUCGACCUGAAUUGGUGCGCUUCCGUAUCUACCUUCUUUGUAACGCCACCUCUUCCCGAGUCACAUUUCGCUACACCCUGCUCCACCGAAUCAACCUCGCACAGACGCGUCCUCAAAGGAGAGCUUUUCACGUCCUGCUCGAGCAUGCCGUUGUCGACGGGUUCCUCGAGGUGGUCAAUGUCGUCAUUCCGAGCACCGGAGGCUCCCAUCGAGGCCUCCGCAUGACGGCCAAGGGUCUCGCCGAGAUGCACGACUUGCUGCGCGGCGACUAUGGUGACGCUUCGCUGCUUCAAGAGCAAGUCAAAGCUGCGCGACUCAACGCAAAGCUGCAACAGGAUCUUGACAGGAUCGGACCCGCAAUGCCUCGCGAACUUACGCUGGAGCGCCAUGUCUAUGAGCAGAUCGCGCACGCCGGGCCCGCGGGACGCACUAUCUCGCAGCUCCUCUCUCAGCUCCACGGCGGUGGCCACUUUGCUCGUGCUCUCGACCAGCUGGUCCAGCGAGCGGAAGACGCCGACGGCGAGCCCGCCAUGAGCGAUAUGCGAGUCCGCGGCUUCCACGAACACAAGCUUCGUGUGCGCAGCACUAAGCUCUACAGUCACCAUUCGUGGGUCCUGCAAUCGGCCAAUGAUGGCUUCUUGGACCCAGAUGAUCUGCAGCUCCUUGCUUCCGCCGGCGGCUCCACCUCCUACCAUCGCAGGUCCACCGCUUGGACUUCUGCAGACCAGAUUGGACCUCAUUUGGCUACUUUGGGCACAGACUUGUAUCCAUCGACGCCAGGUGCGGGAGCACCUAGAAUCGGACGACCGCCGAAGAAUCGCGAUCCAGACGCGCCACCGCCCAAGAGAGGACGUCCUCGAAAACAUCCGCUGCCCGAUCCAGACACGCCUGCGCCGCCGCCGAAGAAGAAGGGACGGCCGCCCAAGAAGCCGCCAGAAUCUGUGGAGGCGAGUCCAGUCGACGCGGAUGCCGCUCCCUCCUCCGUGGUCUCUUCUUCUCGCAGGUCGCUUCGUCCACGCAAAACUCGACAAGCCAAGCUGGUCGAUGCCGACAGCGAGGAAGAGAACCCUGUCGAUCUUUCGAUGGACGAGGUUAGCACAUCUGUCAUGCCCGAGUCGCCCGCUGCAGGCGCCUCGAAGCGUCGCAGUCGACGCGUACUGCAAGGGCCGGAACAGACAGGCCCCAGCUCGAUGCUCGCUUCCUCGCCUGUCAGUCCUUCGUCCCCGAUCGAAGCACCUACGCAUGCACCUGAAGAGCUCGCGGAAGCACUCGUGGAGCAAGCGAUCAUCCCACAGCCGUCUGACGCAUCAGCACCAGCAACGGAAAAGGCAGCGGAGCAGGAAGUUCCGCAGAAUGGCACGCAGACCUCUGCUCUGACAGACGAAGGCGUUGCAGCCGCGAAGGCACCUACCGUCGAUGUAUCGCGUGUGAGCGACUUGCUAGAUGUACCCUCGCAGGUCAAAGCAGAGGCCACACUGCCGCCGACUCCAGCCGCCAAGAAGCUUUCCAGCAGCACUGCUACCCCAAGCGCAUCAGAGCGAAAGAGGCGCACCAACUUGACACAAUUGCGAAGCUCGUAUGCCCUCGUGCAAUGCGUUCGCGAAGCUGGCGGUGCCAUGGACUCGCUGCAAAUUCCAGACCAGCUCUCCGACUAUGUCGAGAGACACGGCUUCUCCUCCGAUGCCCAGCUGACCAAUCUGCGCGACAGAAAGGUCAGAGAAAAGGCGCUCGUAGCCGCAGUCGACAACAAUCUGCUUCGCCGCACCUUCAUUCGACUCGAUCUUCCUACCGCUCCCCUGCCCAGACGCCAGAUCAUCUAUCUUCCGCAUUUGACGCCAGAGCAGCUGCAAAAGUAUUGUCAAGCUGUCAAGGAAGGUCGAGACGGUUGGUUCGAGAGCAAGAAUGCAAAGACGGCGCUGACACACGCUACGAACGAUGUCGCCGUCGAUCUUGACGAUGCUCUACGUUUUGCCAAGCCUUGGCAUCUGACCGAACCGCUCCGACUGGCCGAAGUGUCCACGGAUACAUCGCAACUCUCCACGUUGCGCAAGCCCUUCCUCGAUGUGGUCAGCGUCUAUCGACAACAUCUCGGCUUCUUGGCCGGUGAGAUGGUGCGGCUCAAAGCUUUCCACCUCGCUUGCGCGAAAUUCAUCACCUUGUGUCGUUCAGCGUCUUCCGGUCCCGACGAUGCUGGCUCCCUCUCGCUCAGCUUCUUUUGGACCGACGCGCCCCUCGAUCUCUUUCUGGCGCUCGUUCCUACGCCCGCCGUAUCCGAGACCAUCGAAAGCAUGACGCUCGACCCUCAGGUGCGUUCGCUACCCGUGCGUGCACUGUCUGAGGAGCUAAAACUCAGUCUUGGGCUCACGGAAAGGGUCGCGGAUGAUGUACGCAUCUCGCUGUACAGCCUCGCGACCCAGCUUUCCGAUCUUGGACUCGUCGAGCUGCAGCCAGCAGGUGCCGUUGAAGAUCAGAGGGACGGCCGCCCGGACACCUUCAACACCGCGAUCGAGCCGCGUCGCUAUCUUCCACUCUACGAUUGGACGAGCGAAGAGGAGAACAAGUCGCUGAUCGGCUUCGUCGAAGCUGGCUUGGAUGCAACGCUGAUCAAUCGAUUCUGGGCCAAGACGCAAGCACGUUGCCUCAACGUGCAGAAAAAGUUCGGAACAGAGGGCCGCCAAGAUCAUGGAGUGCUGACACUCGAGGAUGCAGCGCGUUUGGCGUCACCGGUUGAAGCAGAGGCCCACAAGACGGUACCGGAGGAACUCUCGAACGUGCUCUUCUAUGGGAAAGCGUGGCGUCCUUACCACCAACUCAGGCCAUCACAGCAGAAGUAUCUCCUUCGCGUCGAUGUGCAAGACAUCCCCUCGGCGACCCAGGAUGACCUUGAAAGGCUUGCCUACAUCACGCUGGCGCCGACACAGAUCGUCCGCGCUGCUCUUCAGUACCGGCUCAGGCUUGCCACCGAGCCAGUCGAUCCUGACGCUCCAGUCGUGCGACACAAGAGCCCGCACUUCUCAUGGCCACUCAAGCUCAGCACCAUCUCCCUGCCGACCAGCGUCUACAGGCCUAUGGCUGUCCAAGCCGAAGAGGCAAGGCCAGCCCAACCUCGCGUCAAGACGCAGGCGGAGCGCGAGAGAGAGGGUCGACUGACCACGUACAACAAAGCGCGUGAGCUCCGUGAACGUCGCAAUCAGCACUUCCAAGCCAUGCUCGAUGACGCAGUCCAAGCAACUCCAGCGGCUCACGAACUUCGCGCCAAGAUCGAGACGGCACUCGAGGUGAUCCGCCGCAAAUUUGUCACAGGCGACAUCAAGUUUGACGCCAAUGCUGUACAGAUGGCGAUCGCCAGAGCUAUCCGAUCCGCUUCCGGCGUUAGAGUGAUGCCUAGCGUUCGCGCUUCAUCAGCUGGCCGAAAACGACGUCGAGAACGGGUCACCUCGACAGGGCAGGACCAAGAGUCUGGGGACGAAUCUGACCCACAGCGGCAAGACGGAGAAGACGCCCACGACCGCGUAGCAAGAGCGAACGGGAAGAGGGACCGCCGGGGCCGCCGACACUUCGACCAGACCUCUUUCUGGACGCCAGCGAAGAAGGAGCUGUUGCGUGAUGCUGCCGUCAUCCUUCGCAUGCGCGAUCAGGUGCGAGGUCGGUCGGAUUGGUCUGCGCUGUUCCAGGUGAUGGAUCGCGAAGACCUCACCAAGACUCGUGCCGUGAUCAUGGCACAGUGGCGUAGUCAGUACUACCGCAUGCGCUCGCUUCACGGUGAAGAGGCAUACCUCACCGCGCUCGAAAGCCGCUGGGUACCAGUCUACCUUGAAGCGCAGGAGGCGGGCACCUUGGACGAUCCCGAGUUCCCGUCUCCGACCGAGUUCGACCUUGUCGCGCAAAUUGAGUUGCUUCGAGACAAGAUCGACAAGGACGAAGUGCAGAGCUCGCUGACCAAGCCGGUCGCUCGGUACCAUUUGCCUCUCACGUUGGGUGCCAGCGCUGAUUUCACCACGAGCUGGAAGGAGGAGUUCGAGGAAGAACCCGUCGAGCAGCGUUUCGAAGCCUUCUUCCCCACCGACUUUUCCGGCGCCAUGACCAAGCGAUUCGAGACGCUGCUUCACAUGUCUUUCGGCGAGGAGCAGUCCAUUGCCGAGAGGUGGAAGGAGCGCGACAUCGAGAAGCAAAUGGCCGAAUGGGCCGUGCGCGUCGUCAUUGUCAGUGCUGACGCAGAGAUGGCCCCUCAAGAUGAUGCAACGACGCAGGUUGCCCCGUCACCAGUGGAUGAGAAGAUCAAGGCCGAGUUUUGCAAGAGCAUGGGCGACACGCAGAUCGAGGAGGCAAUGCAGCGCCUGCUCGACAUCAAGCUCAUUCGGUGCACGGCCGUCGAUCCGAUCGUGCGUCGCAGACCUGGGACCAACUUCGUUCUCACUGAAGAGCUGCAGAAGCUCCUGCCGGACGCCAAUGCUGACAACCGCAUGGCCGCGAUGGAUCUGCAGGCGACUCUGACGCAUCGAAAAUCGGCGUUCCAGCAAGUGACCGAGGCGAAGGACGGCGUGGUGGUAGAGCCUGUCGAGGCAGAUGGCGAAGCGGCAGCGAUGGUCCCCCUGUUGGCGUCCGAGCUGAUGGCGGGCGAGGUGGAUGUGCGGGCUUUUGACACGCUGAGGCAGAGUGCCGCUUUCAACGCUCGAGUGCUGAACGACGACGAUCUGGAAGCGCUCAUCACGAUCAAGGAUGCCAGUGGGAUGAUGGAGGCGCUCGAAACGGCCGUCGUUCCGUUGCCAGCUGUGCCUUCGGACGAGGCACUCGAUUGGCUGAAAGCGGCAGCAAACGACGGCGAUGGAGGGCCCAGACCACUCCGACCUGUCGUUGAGACCAUGGUGGGAAUCUGGCGGCUGCGGUUCCAAGACUGUGUCCGAGAUCUUUCGGCCACCGAUGCGCAAGCCGCCGAGCGAGUGCAAGACUUUGGUCUUCAACUGAUUCAAUCUGGCGCACAGGGUCUGGCAGUGGACCGCCCAUCUCACCGACUAUCCCGCACGGACAUCGUCACGCUCACACGCGGUCCUCUACCCCUCGCAUUCUUCUCGCCACUCACAUCCACGCCUGUGCUCAUCGCAUCGAUCUUUGUCGGAGCGUACACGCUCACCAUCCCCGUCCGCUCCGAAUUCACGCCUCGUCUCUCCCUGCCGCACAUAUGGACGACACUCAGCAGCCACUCCCGCACGCAAUGGCGCGCGCUACUCGACACGAUCGUAGCCCUCGUCUUCCAACGUCCAGCGACCCGUCUCGCCUCGCUCACGUCCAGAUUUACUUCGACAGCUGUCACGGAGGAUGGCGAGAAGAGGGAGGUCGUGGGGACGAGCUUUGCCGAUGUUUGGGCUGCGGUGACUGCUCUCGUGGAGGCAGAGGUGGUGGAGGUGUAUGCGGAGGGAGAGGUGGAAUUGUGGACGGUGCAUCCUGGGAAGCGGGUCGUUUGGGCUGGUUUUCGUUGA